CCGGAGUUGAGCUUGGACUCGUCGCGAACCAGCCCGUCCGGCGAGGCGAACUCGAGGUGAUCGUGCUACAUACAUCACCUCAUCGUCAUCAUUGCUUUCGUCGCCGGGUCUUUCGCCCUACUUGUCCACCAGCGAUCAGCGGGCAACAAUGCGCCAUGCAGAUCUGCGACGCCCCUUCACUCGGACGAGCGUUCAACGAAUCCGAGACAUCCUAUCCACGACUCGAGCGCCCGACUCGGUCAGCUGGGAUCCGAGAACGCAAGAGUAUCUCUACAAGGGCGAUGGAGAUCGAGUGGCCCAGGUCAACGCGAAAAAGGGUAUCAAAUCCGGUCGAGGAGACAAGCCGAGAGAGGCGGCAGUCUUGCUACCUCUGGUGAAUCUCAGACGGGCAGAUUUGCCAGCCUUUAGCGGCAAGGGAAAGCAGAGGGCGAUGGAGGAUGAUGUGAUUCCCGGGAUCCUCUUACAAGUACGAGCCGGGCAUAUGCGAAUGCAUGCGGGGGAAGUGAGCUUUCCAGGAGGAAAACGAGAUCCGGAAGACUCUUCGCUCUACCAUACGGCGUUGAGAGAGACAUCGGAAGAACUCGGAAUAUCACCUGAUCAGGUGGAAUACGUUGGCCAGCUGGGGCCAGGCGAAUUAUCUCUAGGUGGCAUGCUGGUCCAUGUGUUCAUCGGAUACGUUCAUGCUGCCAGAGCGGAUAGAACCAUAUCAGGAGAGUCCGAUACGACCACGAUCGAACCUCUUUCAUUGACAUCGCUCCGCGUGUCGAAAGAAGAAGUCUUGAGCGUACUCCCACUUCCCUUCAAAUGCAUGCUCGAUGCGGACUUUCAGCCGGAGAACGCAUACGAUCGGUUAUCCUGGCAACUUUUCCGAGGCGACUGGGCGUAUCGGACAGUGGCUGUUGGAGAUCUUCCUGUCGCCUGUCACAAUCCGGCGUACGUUGAUGGACCGCAUGAAGGGCUCGAAGGUCUGGGUCACGAGAAAUCGCUAGUCAGCAGGACGGCGUUUGAUGAUUAUCAUCAACCGGAUCGAGCGGUGUUGCCGAAUCGUACGGUCGGGGAGGAACUCGAGAUACAAAGCUCCAGGCGGCAGAGUCUGGACGUAUGGGGGUUGACAGGAUGGUUCCUCAACGUGUUCAUGUGGCGGAUGGGGUAUUGGAGGGAUGUCGAUGAUGCUGGAGGCAAGACGCUCGAAGUCGAACAACCCUGUCACGCAUCGCGGUUGUAGCGGUAUCGUAAAGGAUGACCUGAUAUGAUUUCAACCAAGCAUUAUGUCCCGAAAA